AUGCCAGAAAACAACGACUUCUCCAUGGUGGACGUCUCCAACGCCGUGGAUAGCAUUGCUUCUGACUCAGGCCAGUCUACUCAACCAGCUAGAAGAAAAUCUAAACUAAUCUUGGGCGACGAAAGCGAAGAGUCUGAAAAUAUGCAUGUGGAAGAGUCUGACAACCAGCAACCACCUCCACCUCCCGCCGACGAGGUUUCCAAGAAGAAGAGCGAAUCCAACGGGCCCCAGGCUGUUCCUGACCCUUCUGUCACCGUUCCAGUAGACAUCAAAUGGGUUCAAGGCGGUGAAAAGGUUUACGUCACCGGCUCGUUCACAGGCUGGAGAAAGAUGAUCGGCUUGCAAAAGCAAGAAGAUGAAAAGUUAUACUUGGUCACCUUGGGUUUGCCUGUUGGCACUCAUAGAUUUAGGUUUGUGGUUGAUAAUGAGUUGAGGUUCUCUGAUUUCUUGCCAACAGCUACCGACCAGAUGGGUAACUUUGUGAACUACAUCGAAGUGACUCCAGAACACGUACAAUUGCAUCUCAAACAGCUAGAAGAAGAAGAACAGGAGAUGGAGCGUGAAGAAGAAGAGACAAAGCUGCGUCCUAGCAGGAGGUCCUCUGUCAGCUCUAGAGGCCGCUCUAACUCCGUUUUCGCUUUCACCAACGACGAAGACGAUAUGGGCGACGGUUACCUGAGAUACCACGAAGAAGAAGAGGUUGAUGACGCACCAGCAAAGAUAUACAACUACGUUAGCGAUAUCCCACCCAUCUUCGAAGACCCAAAGGUCAUGGAACAAUACUACCUAGCGUUGGAGCAGCGCUCAAGGAACAGAAACUCACAAGACCAAGCUUGGUUAUACGCUCCACAAUUACCUCCACACCUUGAGAAUGUCAUUUUGAAUAACUUCAAUUCCCAAGACAAGGAUAAUAAUUCGGGUGCUUUACCCAUCCCAAACCAUGUUGUGCUCAAUCACUUGGCCACUACAAGCGUGAAGCACAAUACUUUGGCCGUUGCAUCCGUUAUUAGAUACAAGAGAAAGUACGUGACGCAAGUGUUGUACGCACCAUUACAACAAUAA